UGAAAGGUUUCUUUGAGUUUGAGAGAAAAUUUAGUACAAGUACAAUGUAGUUUUGUCAAUUUCUCAUCUCCCUCGAAGUGUGGAGGCUACUGUUUAUUUGGAGGCACAUUGGUUUCACAGAGUUAUUCUCCUUGUCUUUGGAAUAUUUUCAAUCAUGUAUGUGAGCCGUCCCUUCAUUGCCAUGCUGGUCCGCACGAGUCCUAAUUUCAGUUCAAUCAAAAACUUCAACACCAGCUAACAGAAGUGGUUUUCAUAUCAAAGGAUUUGUUGGAGACCUUCUUCCCUAGCGUGGACAUGGCCGCAGCUGCGGCCGACACAGAGGCUGAUAAAGCCGUGCCGAUGGAGUCCGAAGUCACUUGUGUCAGUGGUAGGAACGCCGGUCGUCGAACGCGAAAUGAUAGUUACUGUUUGGAUGGAGAUGAAGAAAUGACAGCUGUUGAUCGCAGCCCGGAUGAACGCUAUCUUAAAUUUCAAGAUAUGGUUGGGACCGGGUCGUUCAAGACCGUAUACAAGGGCCUCGAUACUGAGACGGGUGUUGCAGUUGCAUGGUGUGAACUGCAGUCCAAGCACUUUAAAAAAUCAGAGUAUACCAGAUUCAAGGACGAGGCCAAGAUGAUGAAAAUGCUAAGGCAUCCGAACAUUCUGCAUUUCCAUGACUACUUUGAAUUACCAUCUGAGGACAAGAAGCAUCCAACAUUAGUGUUAGUGACUGAGCUUAUGACAUCUGGAACAUUGCGAAAUUACUUGAAGAAAUUCCGUGUCAAAAUCACCAACAAGCCAAAGAUUGUAAAGAACUGGUGUGAGCAGAUCAUAAAGGGCCUCAAAUUUUUGCACAACCACAACCCGCCAAUCAUCCACCGCGACCUGAAGUGCGAUAACAUCUUCAUAACCGGACCCACCGGAACUGUGAAGAUCGGCGAUCUCGGCCUUGCCGUCCUGAAGAGACGUUCCUAUGUGGCGAGUGUCAUAGGAACACCGGAGUUUAUGGCUCCAGAAAUGUAUGAAGAGCAUUAUGAUGAAUCCAUUGAUAUUUAUGCAUUUGGAAUGUGCUUGCUGGAAAUGGCAACGCUAGAGUAUCCGUACGAGGAGUGCCAGAAUGCUGCUCAGAUCUACAAAAGAGUGACAACGGGCGUCAUGCCGGCAUCUUUAUCGAAGUUAGAUCGUCCCGUACUUAAAGAUCUGAUUUCUUGCUGCCUGCGCUCUAAGAGCUCUGACCGGGCAACUCUCCAGCAAAUUCUUGAUCACGACUUUUUCAAGGAAGACCCGUUUAAGAUAACGGUGAAGUGGGUUGGACCUACUAAGAUGGAGCUGAGCUUGAAGGCCCAAGAUGACUCCACCCAGAUUUCAUUUGACUCCAAAGAUGCGAAGCCGGAGGAGCUGGUGAAGUACAUGCUGUCGAAGAAGAUGUUCAAUGACGGUGACCAGGCUAUGAUUGCACCUCGGGUGAAAACUGCCAUCAAUGACUGUUUGACGAAUAAAGAGUAUGUCCCACCAGAUGCCAAUGGCAUGUCACGGUCCUCUAGUUUCUCCAAUGCCACCAGUCAAGGUGCCAGCAAGCGCGUUCAUCAGUACAAGCGAGACAGGGUGACAAGGCAGGGCAGCAUCGCUGCAGCUAUUGACGCUACGCCAGAGGAAUCCAUCAUUGCCGAGAAGCUACGUCGUGUGCCCAGCAAUGAAAAGAGUGAUGCUGAGUCUUCCACAGAGAGUCAUGAAGCUAGCACUAUGCAGUCAAGCUCGGCAACGCCAUCCUCAGUACCCCCACCGACGGCAGCAGCUCAGCCAGCUCGACCACCUACUAGCAAUGAGCCAGCCAUAGAGAAAGAUCAAACUCUCGGCCAGCAGCAGCAGUCGUCGCUUGAUAAAGCGGGGAAAGCCAAACAAAAGGCGAAGAAUGGCAAGGGAAAGUCCGCGAAGGAUAUUCGCUUGGCGCUUAGGAAUGUGCAUGGCGGCCUAGUGUACAGUGCUCUCCAUUAUCAAUCUGAUGUCAUCGAAUUUGUCUUCUCGUUGACAAUGGAUGAGCCUGCUGAUAUUGCCAAGAACUUGGUGGCGAGUGAGCACAUUCCCAACAGCUAUGAGCAGAUGCUCGAUCAGAUGCUUCGCAAACUGAUUAAGUGUGCACAUGAUCAGGAGAACGAACGUCAGACACAGAUGGCCUUGGAUAACCUGAACACUGAGGUCCCUCCCUUAUCAACCGAGUGUGCUACGACGUCUGUCGCUUGCGAUACCAAACAGGUUCCGGUUGAAGCUGUUGUGCCCACUGAUGCAGCAAGUACGAACACUGUCAGCGUGCUAACUGCUGAUCACUCAGUGACGACAGCCAGCGGCAGCAGCUUGCCUCAGCAAUCUUGUGAAAUUUCCAGCUCAGUGGGUCCGACGGAAUCCCAGUAUUUGUGUGCCGCACGAGGCAGCGGUGCAACGUUAAAUGACGACGGAACCAUGAUGCAGUCUACUACUACUACUACUACUACUGCCGGGUGCUGUAACUUGAAUGUAGCAGAGGCACCAACCUCAUCUAGCACUGUUUCGGCUGACGAACAACAAGGCUCGCCGGUUACCUUUGGUGCAGAUUUGUCUUCUGUGACAGGUUUGGAGCGGGCUUCCGUCAGUCUGCCAUCUUCACCUCCGCCUUCAAGAUCAUCAGAUAUGGGGAAUCAUGGUGUUCGUUCUGCCUGCUCGUGCUCUUCUCUUUCUGAUUUUCCAGCCCCACCCACUGUUCGUGAUGUUGAACAGGAACGUUCUACUGGAAAGUGCAGUGACGGUGUUCAGCCUUCUAUAUUUCAAGAUGGUGCAUGUUGCCAGCUCAGCUCUCCUUGUCUUGAUGAUGCAGAACAGGAGCACACAGUUGCUGCUGCUACUGCUGAUAAUGGCGAUGAUGAUGAUAUUUCUGUUGUUCAGUUGGGUCGAUUUGAAUGUGCGGCGGUGGAAAAUGAUCCUUCCCCAGUAUGUGAUAUCACCAACAGUGACGUAGAUAUCAGUCAUUCUGUGAGCGACUUUCUGCGGCCAAGGCUGUCUGAAAGUGCCCAGGCAGAUGGACAAGAAUGCCUGGCGUUGGUCGAGAGUGAUAUGCCACUUCACGAGGCAACACCCAGUAGCUCCCCAUUGCCAUUAUAUCGGGACUCUGUGGGCCCCACGCGGAUUAUAUCGCGCUUCUCAGUCUGUGACAUUAAUGACAACUUUACACUCUACAAUAAGCCUGAAUUUUCGGACGACUGUACGCACUCGUCUGCUUGUGAUGACAGCUCUGCUGUAUUAUCCACAUGCCACGAGUCAACGGCAGGGUCCGUGUCGGCUGAUGAGGUGCCUUCAUUACAUGACAACCUCAUUAGUGGCCAGGGCACUGCUGUUCUGGACUGCUGUUUAGAGACGCUCGCCACUGGUUGUCGCCCGGAACUCGGUGUCAGUGAUGACGUGAUCGAUGUUGUGAUCCAGGAACCUUUGCCUCCAGACGCACCAGGUUUGACCUGCGCCAGAGAUGGUGAUGCUGGGGAGACGAGUGAGUCCGAUGAAUCUUGCCAUGAUGAGUUUCCAACCCCUGGAGAUAGCGGCAGGACUUCCGGUGUUGUCGAGCAGUGUAUCGAUAGUAUUGCAUCAGUGAAGGACAUUGAACACCCUGCCAGUGUCGCCAACAUAGACUCGAGUAUGAUCAGUAGCAGUGGCGAUAAUACUGCUGCCAACAAGCAGGGUAUAAAGAAUUUCGCUGCUGGCCAUGGCAGAUCAUGCUUCCGAGUGGUGCGUAUGUAUCCGACUGCCUCCGUUGACCCUGCGACUGCCUCCGUUGACACUGAGGAUGAGGAAGACCCGGAGGGUGGUAUCUUGGAGAUUGUUGAGCCGGAUUCGAGCCUCGAGUCUAGAAGAGCUACAUCACAAAGUCUAGGAAGUACCUGUUCAAGUAGUUGUGGUCCAAUGGCAAUGAACAAAAACACGGUACCUUGUUCAUCCCUGACUGAUGCCGCACAGCAUAGCGAUAGCUCAGCCACGCCGCUUGCGUCAUCAUCAUCGGCUCUUUCCACUGAUACGAUAACAUCAGUUGGCGAAGCAUCUCCUGGCAUGUCAUCCUCACUUCAUGCGGCUUCUGCCAUCAGCUCAGCCGGGCAGACAUCUACCUUGAGUAGUGCGAGUACGCCUGCUAAUCACGAUGCCGAGCAAUCUUCUCCAUUGGACAGUAAUCGUGUACCUCGAAAGUCUGUGUUAGCCGGAAUAGUGCAGUCUGAGGUUAAAUUGAACCACUCUUCAUCGUCGUCCAGUGACAGUAGUGACACGUUGGAGGCAGCGCAACAUCAUGAUACAGCCGCAAUUUCGUUUUCUGCUAGUGCAUUAGCAAGGAGUGAUAGCGGUAGUAAAUCCGAUGAUCGGUGUGAUAGCACAUUGGUGUGCAUGGCUCAAGUGAUGACUGCAGCUAAAACGGGGUCAUCUGAAAGCGGUGGUGCUCAAUCAAUGUCCCCUCCAGCCAGUCGCAUACACCCAGUAGUGACCGGUGUAGCAGCGGGUGACAAUAAGAAGAGUCCAAUGGAUGUGGUUGAUGCCACCAGUUGCCUUCCUACUGCGGCGUCUGUAAACAUUGCCGGUGACAAGCCUGCCGAAGUGGCUGUGCUUGAUCACUAUCAGGAUGUCCAUUUACCUGAUGACUGUCAGAUUCUCUCUACUACGACUGACCUUAGUUUGGCACAGUCAGAGACCAAUGCGGCGGGUGCCAAUAGGUCAUCUGCUGUGACCCACGCAAGAAGGGACUCUUGUCUGCCUGCCACAGGGCGCGAAUGCCACCAGCCAGAGAUGGAGCAGUCGACGGGUCUUGCGAUCAAUCGGAUUAGUCUGUCUGGUUCCAGAUCAACCAUAUCGUUGCUAUCUCUGUCUAGUUCUGAUGCAGCAAGCAGUCAGCUGCAAACCUCCUCAUGUGAUACAAGCCCAGAUACAAGUACAGCACCCUCCUUUACUGCAUGUGCGUCUAGUGCCUCGAUCAGUAGCACAGCCGCGGUGUUGCCGGGACAGAGUAUCCAUGGAGGACCAGCUAUUACUCUGCCUGCUUCGGCCCACAACUUCAAUUCAGUGGCAGUCUCCCAUGAUACUACAGCAGGACUUAGUCAUGUCUCAUCUAAAAGCUCUGUAGUGUCCAGGUCCCGCUCAGUAUCGCCAUGCACAGUGCGGACACAUUCUCGAGUAUCAGCCGCCGAGAAUGCAGGCAUCAGCGCUUCACAGCCGGUACAAGGCCAUGGUGUUGACGUGGUGUCAGCUGUGCAGGACUUUCAACCAGCGUUCCCGUCGCGCCCAUCUGUGGCCACGAGGGGCCUGCCAUCGUCAUCCUGUCUCUCUUCGAUGUCUCAGGUGCGCCGUGCAACUGUACACGCUGGUCCUGAACUGCGUACAUCUAGCCCGCCAUAUCUGCUACCACAGCAGCAGCCGCAGCGUAUGCCGCCACAAGAGCAGCGGGCGCAAGCAGACUUGCCGCACCGACAGAGUUUGGGAGGCAUGUUUUCAGCACAGCUGCAGCAGCAGCAGCUUCAGGAUCCCUAUAGCUACAGUUCUAUGGUGGAUUUUAAGGAAGCAUGUUGUUAUCGUACAUUCAAUGACUACCUUCUAUUCAUUCGCAAGACAUCCUUUACUGAGGUGUCCACCGAAGAAUUCGACGACAUGCUGAGAAGUUUCCCGGAUCUUUACCAAAUAUUGCAGCGGCAAUUCAGGGAAGGCUUUGAGUUGCACAGUCGGCAACUGGCCGAAACUCAGGUGUAUCUCGAGGGUUCUGUGGCACCGCAGAAGUCCCCGCUCAGAGUGCAACAUUGGUUUGAUGAGCAGCACAUCGAGAGGAGUAUGAGCAAUAGCAUGUUGUCCUAUGUUGCUACUUCUACGCCGAUCAGUGGCCAGCCUGUUAUGGCUGGUAACAUGGUGUAUCAGCAGCAGCAGCAGCCUCGCUUUGCUACAGUUCCCAAUGGCUUGUCUCGGCAGGCAUCACUCCCCAUGUUCCAAGCACCUCACCCAGUGCAUAAUAACAUUAAUGCUGCAUCUGCCGGUGUUAUGCCUGACGCUCACCUGUUACCUGCCUAUCCUGUGUAUGGAGACAGCAUGCCACAGAAUGUACUAAUCCCCGGGGGGAUGAUGGGGCAUGGUGUUUCCACCCUGCCGUCCCAUACCUUGAUGCCGCAUCAGCUCUUACCACAGCCAGCAGCGCUACAGCAAUUGCAGACAAAUCAGCAUGCUCAGCAGGAAGCGACCCAGUCUCAGAACCAGCCUCGCACGAUGGCAUAUGCUCAGCAGCACCAAAAUCCAGUUUAUGUCACACAAUCGGUCAUGCCGCAGAAGUCACAGCCCGGACAGCUGUUGCACCAUCAUCAACAGAAUGGUAUGGAUGUGUAUCAUCAAGCACAGCCACAGCAACAACAGGUUGUGCAGUCUCAUCAGCACAUGGGACAAGUCUACCAGCAGCCUAUAUCACAUCGUCAGGCGGAGCAUGUAGUGCCGCAACAACAGCAGCAGCAACACCAUACCCCGUACCUAUCAUCUCAGCAGAAUGUGCAGCAUCAGCCACAGCAGCAACAGCAGACGUCACAGAUGCAGCCGCAACCCCAGAUGCAGCCACAGCAGACGCCACAGAUGCAACAGCAAACUUCCCAGAUACAACAGCAAUCCCAGAUGCAGCAACAGCAGGCAUCACAGAUGCAACAGCAACCCCAGAUUCAGCAACAGCAGGCGACACAGAUUCAACAGCAAACUUCCCAGAUUCAGCAGCAACCCCAGAUGCAGCAACAGCAGGCAUCACAGAUGCAACAGCAACCCCAGAUUCAGCAACAGCAAACUUCCCAGAUGCAGCAGCAACAACAGACACCACAGUUGCAACCACAGCAGUUGCAACAAAGCCAGCAACAGCAGACUCUGCAAUUGCAACAGCAGCAACUUCUCCAGCACCAGCAGCAGCAGGUACAGAUGCAGCAGCAACAACAACUGAUUCAGCACCAACAGCAGCACCAACAGCAGCACCAACAGCAACAGAUUCAGCAGCAGUUGAAUGCGCAACAAGCUCUUUAUUACCAGCCAAUUACAGCAGCGCAUCAACUCCAACAGCAGAGUGGGCAACUCCAGCCCGUCAUACAGCAGUCUCAGCCAGCACCCACUCAACAAGCCAGUUCUCAUGUUCUUGUUGACAAUGGCAAUGCUCCUCAGUCACACUUGCCGUAUCAUCCGGUUCAGGCUGCUGCUGCUGCUAAUAUGCCUUACCAGACAGUUUCGCAUCCAAGUCAUUUGUUGAUGCAGCAACAGAGCACUGCAGCUGAUCAACAUGCUUCUACAGGUUCUCAGCAUCAUCAGCAGCCGCAGCAGCAACAGCACCACCAGCAACAACAGCAGCAGCAGCAACCGCAACAACAGCAGCAGCAACCGCACCACCAGCAACAACAGCAGCAGCACCACCACCACCAGCAGCAACAACAGCAGCAGCAGCAGCCACUGCAAGGCGAGGAGGGUUCUUAUCGGCGUACAUCACCAGAGGGUCCGAUGCAUCUACCUAUUUCAACUCAAUCAGGUGGUCAAUCUCCAGACAGCAAUCGACAGUCUCCCCUUCCAUCCCCGGCAGGGUACCACGGUAACAAUGAGGCCCAACGCAUGCCUGCCACUCUGGAUUCGCAUCAGCCACAGUCAGCGUUUAUGGCUCCUGUGGACAGUGGUUAUGUCCAUGGUGCAUCGCAGGGUCUUAGCAAUGGGCAUGCGGGUGUUGGUGUGCAAGCCUUAGCAGCAGACUCAUUCUACUACAGUAGACAGAUGUAUGGAUAAGCGUACCACUCUGCACACGUACCUGCAUGAACCGAUAUUGGCUUGGGUGGCUGGCACACUACUAGCCAAGCACAUUUUGCGUUUCUCACAGUAUUUUUUAACUAUGGCUGACUGGUUGCAGUCAGCUCCCCGUCCCCCGCACCUCCCCCGCACCUCCCUCUCUUCCCUGACAUAUUGGACAUUGGACAUUGUCUUCUGGAUGAGAAUAUAGUUUAAAUGCUUACUCAUAACCUCACCAUCGCAGAGUUGUAACCCCGUGUUUGUAUCUGUUUCUUUUAUUUAGUAUUGUGCAACGCUCCCUUGUUGUGCGCCUCCGUCCGUUAUGGUGGGGGGUGUCUCUACUGACUCUCUGUACCAGCUACUUCCCUGACAGUUAUCACCGUCAUUCUCAUCCACUCCAGUCUCUAUGCCGGACUCCAUUGUCAUUAUUACCAGCAAUCUUCCUGGUGAAAUUGCUCUCACCGUUUCUUUUCUCCAACAGCUAUCAACCUGUACAUCCAACAAACAAACAUUUGCGCUCCCCACAUGACUGUUAUUUGUACUGAAGUAUACACAGCAUGUCCACCCGUCUCCACAGUACAGUAUGGUGACACAUUGUAUAUCGCUGCUGCUCGCCAAGUCGUGUAAAUAGCCCCUCAUAAAACAUAACAGUGGGUUUUCCGUGAUGCCAUUCCUGAUUUUAUCCCAUCGCCUCAAUGUUGUUCUCUAUCUAGUCUUUCUUGUCCUGGAAUUCGUUUACUGCUAUCUCUCUCUCUCUCUCCCCACGCUUUUGCAGUGGAACAAUCUACUCAGUUGGA